AAGAAGUUGAAGUCGGCUGCAGCUGUCCAACACUCGCGCAAAUCUAGCACGGGUGUCCCCGAAGCCUGUUUUGAAUCGCGGAGCCUCUUGUGAUUAUUUAAUAUGAUGGUUCUCUUCCCGUUAAAAUCCAGAUUUUUCUUCCAGUUUUCCUGGACUCUGUCCACUCUGUUCUGUUCCUCUCCCGGGUUUAUGGAGCGGGGCAACUCGAAGCUGGACUGGCUGCUUCAUCAGUGACUCUGUACCUUGUGCGUCGCCGUCAAAGUCGUUCCUCCAGCUAUCAAAUCAAAUGCCUCAGGAAGGGACUAGCAGCAGCGGGGCAGAGCACUCAUGGUUGUCAACAACAAGCCAGUAGCAGAGGAAAUGUGUGCCAACGGCUGGGAAGAGACAGCUGGGGACAGACAUAUCUGUAGGGUCAAUGGAGCAGUCCCCUCCAAAGGAAGGGGAUACAUACCUCAGUAAGCAGCCUAAUACCUCCUCUCCAUGAGUAACGGUGCUUUCCAACAAAGGAGGCACAAUCUGAUCAGAUGUAACCUGUGCCGUUGGAAGGUAGUAUCCAUGAGUGAUGGCUCGGCAUCAUCGGCGUUGGCUGUCUUGUGUCACAGGUAAACAUGUUAUUCAUUGGAGAGGUUUUUGCCGGUUGGUUAGCAGUGUAAAAUGAAGACUCUGCGGUUGUGAUGGUGUUGAUGGCGAUGAUCAAAUUCAUCGUCAUAGAAUGAUUUAUUUUCGUCCGCUCCUAAAGUGAGCAUUCACACUUACAAUUCAGCCAAACGCCUUUUGCAAUGACCAAUGCGAGCCAGAACGCAUUACAGGAUUUUGUAUUGAGCCUCGAUAAAGUGAAAGGGCAGGGGAAAGGGUAUUUUUCUUGGAAAACAUCAUAUCUCUCCAGUGGUUUAGUCCUCUAAUCACUCUAACUAAUUUCCCCUUUGUUUAAGUUUGUUUGGCAUUUCCCGUGCCUCGUAGACAACAUGACAGUGAUGACACGAUGUCAAUGCACAGGUAACUGUACAGCAAGGGUAUAAGUUGAAACAACAGAGUCAAACUGUGAAAUACAGUAUCUGUCAUAUACUGCAUGUACAUCCUCUGUAAUUCUAUUUGCACACACAUUACUUCCUUAGAAUGCAUAUAACCGCUCUGACCUCCUCUGCACCUCUUUGAGUUCUGUCGUUAGGACCCAAGUUCUGUUCUAAUAAUAUUUAAAGAAAAUUUACCCUGAACCUUGACUUCCCAGGUUGAUAGGUAAGUUCUACUUUGACUUUGAGACAUAUUGUUAUUACUACAUCCAAAUAUGUAUUUCUACAAUAAUCGUAAUUGUAUUAAUUGUAAUCAAUUUCAGCAUAUCCAACCAGUAUUCAGUGGUGACAGACACGUGAGUGGAUGGGUUCUUUGCAAAAUUAUAGCAACAUUUCCUCUUUACUAGGUCACAAGAAAUAUGCGUAGGCAAUGAGAUUGAAUUUGGUUUUAUUAAAAUGAGUGUUUCUGAUGUUGAAGGUCAACAAACAUGUUGUGACUGAGCAUUUACACUGGAUUAUAGGUCCUUAAAACACUGGCUACUCUAUUGGCGCAAUACAGAGACAGUGUGAAGUUGAGUUAGAAUAUUUGGGGAUUGCAACACCUGGACGAUUGAUUCAACGAUUAUGUGAUAUCAGAUAAAUAGAAUAAUGGAGUAAGGGAUGUCUUUCCACCUCGUGUUUGACUUUUACCCAAUUAGGAUGAAGUCCAGGUUGUUUGACCUCAUAGUUCUGCUCACAGGAGGUCUCUCUAUGAACGAAGGAAACAAAUAUUCGUGCUCCAACUACACUGAAGUUCUAUCUGGCGUUCCGUCUGUAGUCGAUGUGGAUGGUGCAAGAUGCUGGAUGGAAGUUGUCAAUGAGCAGCUUAAGACGGAGAACUUCAGCAAUAUCGUUAAAUCUGUGGAGAAACUAGAACGGGUUCUUGAAAACACAGCUUUGAAUGAGACAACUUCAAUUAUUGUUGAGAGGCUUGUGGCCCACAUAUUCAGGGCCGAGGUCAACUUUACCGGGCUUAAUAUAUCUGCCAGCCAAGAUAGGGUAACAUCAGACAGUGACUAUGUGGCCAACAUUACCGUCAAGGUCCACCUGCCCAAAGAGCUCUUGAAAACCAACGAGAACAAUACCAUUGUCUUCUGCAUGAUUACCUCACCUGAAAAAUAUGGGCCAUUGGGGAUUCUUGAUGGCCGAAUAGUAGGUCUGUCUGUAAGCAAGAAGACAGUGUUGGGUCUGCAGGACAAGGUCAACUUCUCCAUGCCUCUACAGCGCCCCACAUUGGAAAGUCAAGCUGACAAACAACCAUCUUGUCAAUUCUUCAAUUUUUCAACCAGAGAGUUCUACCAGGAUGGCUGCACCACAGAGUGGAAGAGAGACGAGGGCCGUGUGAUUUGCUCAUGUGACCACCUCACAUACUUUGCUGUGCUGAUGGUGUCUCCCUCCAUCUCUGAAAGCGACCAGGAGAUCCUAAGCUACAUCACUCUGAUUGGCUGCAGUCUGUCUCUGUUCUUCCUGGUGGUCACAAUCGUUCUGUACGCCACUCAAAGAGGUACAGGCACAGACAUCUCCCUGAAGGUGCAUAUCAACCUGUCUGUGGCCCUGAUCCUCCUCAACCUGCACUUCCUGCCCAGCCAGCAGGUAGCAGCAUUAUCCUCCUCUGGGCCAUGUAUCUAUGUUGCUGUCCUUCUGCAUUACUCUCUACUGGCCACCUUCACAUGGACAGCAAUCGAAGGCUUCCACCUUUACCUGUUGCUGGUCCGUGUCUUCAACAUCUAUGUCAGGAGAUACCUGCUCAAACUGAGCCUGGUAGGAUGGGGAUUCCCUGCUGUCAUUGUCAUCGUGAUUGCUAUCAUUGACAAAGACACAUACAGCCGUGUGACUCUUCAUCCGACUAAGACCAAUGGCACAGCUGUGGAGAUGUGUUACCUCUCUAAUGAUGUGAUGAAGCUGGUGACCACGGUGGGUCUGUUUGGCCUGGUGUUUGUGUUUAACCUCGCUAUGUUGGUUGUGACUAUGAGGCGCCUCAAGUCUCUGCGCACUGAGCAGACGUCAAGGGAGAAGGGUAGGGCCAGGAGGGACACCUGCACUGUGCUGGGCAUCACCUGUCUGCUGGGCAUCACCUGGGGCAUCAUCUUCUUCUCCUUCGGCCAGCUUACCACACCUGGCCUCUACCUUUUCUGUGUCCUCAACUCUCUACAAGGUUUUUUCAUCUUCCUCUGGUUUUGGGUGUUCAAACGGAAGACUGAGGACAGGCAACCUGGCAGUGACACUCACAGUACCAAUACCGGAUCUGCCUGAGGACAAAAGUCUGUUGUCAACCAAUCCAGCACUGUUGUUAUCAAUGUUCAUUUCAAACUUUAUUGAGAUUUUUUUCUUUUGAGAAUACACCAGGUUCCUCUAAACUGUAGACCUUC